UUCACGAAGAUGUUGCUCCAUAUUCACAAAAAUGCUCCUCAACUCCUUCUUUCCCUUCUCAUGCCUCUGUUGUUGCAGCUUCCAGGGUCUGGGCACAGGAGUGAGAAUCCCCACUGCUUCUACCGGAUUAACCCCGUUGUUUCGCGAGAUGGGGACCUGGAGAUUGGGAUCUUUUUACCCUUGUUCUCAGUUGAAGUCAACAAUGUAACAGGAGCAGAACAGUUUGAAAGUCCUCCAAACACAGCUUGUAAGCCUUAUCAGUGGAUGCAUAAAAAUUAUCAGCAGGCCCUGGCUUUAGUGUUUGCUGUAGAGGAGAUUAACAGAGAUCCCAAUCUGUUGCCCAACAUUUCCCUGGGAUUCCACCUCUAUAACACCUACCACAGUGAUGAGAGGACCUUGGAGAGCUCCCUGCGCUGGCUGUCUGGGCUGGGCCAGCUCAUCCCUAACUACAGCUGCUGGGAGCAGGACAAGUCUGUGGCUGUCAUUGGAGGAGCCACAUCAGCUCUGUCUGUCCAGAUGGGGACCCUGUUCGACCUCUACAAUUUUCCACAGAUCAGCUAUGGUCCAUUUGAUUCAGUUCUUAAUGAUAAGGUCCAGUUUCCUUCACUCUAUCAGAUGGCCCCCAAAGACUCUUCUCUUCACCGAGGUGUUGUUCACUUAUUGGUAUAUUUUGAAUGGAACUGGAUAGGUCUCGUUGCCUCCAAUGAUAUGGGUGGUGAAGAAUUCCUCUGGGAAAUAAGAGAGGAAAUGGUAAAGAAUGGAGUUUGCAUCUCCUUCACAGAGAAGAUCCCUGUCAGUGAGAGAAGACAUAUGGAGUCACAAGAAACAUUCAUGCCCAGGAUCAUCAUGUCAUCAGCCAAAGUGAUUGUCAUCCAUGGUGACACAGAUUCAUUAAUGAUUCUGAGAUACUCACAAAUGGGUCCUUUUUUACAGAAGGUGUGGAUUGGCACAUCUCACUGGGACAUUACUGUGAGACCCUUCUAUCUUUAUGGUUAUACUUUCCAUGGGGCUCUUAUGUUUUCAUAUUUGACAAGCGAAAUUCCUGGGUUCAAGACUUUUCUUGAGAAAGUUACACCUUCUAAAUACCCAGAUGACAUUUUACUUAGGGGAUUCUGGCUUUCAGCUUUUAAGUGCUCGGGUCAACCAGAAGACCCAGAGCAAGGGAUCUGUUCACCAAAUACUUCCUUGGCAACUUUGCCUCUGUGCUCUUUUGAUAUGACUAUGUCUGGCUUGAGUUACACCAUCUAUAAUAGUGUCUUUGCUGUGGCUUUGGUUCUUCAUGAAAUGCUCAUGAGAAAAUCAGAGAAAAGAUCAAUGGGAGAUGAAGACUACGUAUUGCCUCAUUCAUGGCAGCUGCACUCCUCCCUAAGGAAUAUGCAAUUUAACAACAGUGCUGGUGACCAGGUGUUUGUGGAUGAGAAUAGUAGAUCAGAGGCUCAAUACGCCAUUAUGAACUAUGUGAUGUUUCUUGAUGGGGAUGAAGCUCUAGUAAAAGUGGGGCAGUUUGUCCCCAAGGCUCCGCUUGGUCAAGAUUUCACAAUAUGUGCAGAUGCCAUAACAUGGAGCUGGUUCCAUCCCGAGGUUCCCUUUGGAGUAUGCAGUGACAGCUGUCAUGCUGGAUUUAGGAAGACCCCUUUGGAGGGGAAGGCUGCCUGCUGCUUUGACUGCUCCCCAUGUCCAGAAGGGGAGAUCUCCAGUCAGAUGGAUGCAGAUCAGUGCAUGCAGUGCCCAGAAGAUGAAUAUCCAAAUAAGCAGAGAGAUCACUGCCUCCCCAACCUUGUGACCUUCCUGAAUAUGGAAGAACCUUUGGGGAUGACUUUGACCUUUGUAGCUGUUUUCUUCUCUUUACUCACAGCCCUAGUUCUGCGGAUCUUUGUGAAGUUCCAAGACACCCCCCUAGUCAAAGCCAAUAACCGGACUCUCAGCUACACUCUCCUCAUCUCCCUUAUCUUCUGUUUCCUCUGCUCCUUGCUCUUCAUAGGCCAGCCUACCACUGCCACCUGCCUUCUCCGACAAACAAUAUUUGCAGUUGUGUUCACAGUGGCUGUUUCCUCCAUUUUAGCUAAAACUGUAAUAGUGGUUUUGGCUUUCAGAGUUAUAAGGCCAGGGAGCAGGAUCCGGAUGUUCAUACACCCUAGAGUGUCCAACUAUGUUGUUCUCAUCUGCUCAGGGAUACAAGUGAUUUUCUGUGGCAUCUGGUUGGGAACCUCUCCUCCUUUUCCAGAGGCAGAUUCACACUCUGAAUCUGGCCACAUAAUCCUUGGAUGUAAUGAGGGCUCUGCCUUUGCAUUUUACUGUGUCCUGGGCUACAUGGGCUUUCUGGCCCUGGGAAGUUUUGCCAUAGCUUUCCUGGCCAGGAAGCUGCCUGAUACCUUCAAUGAAGCCAAGUUCAUCACUUUCAGCAUGCUAGUGUUUUGCAGUGUCUGGGUGUCUUUCAUCCCCACAUAUCAGAGCACCAAAGGGAAGGCCAUGGUGAUUGUAGAGAUCUUCUCCAUCUUGGCCUCCAGUGCUGGGUUACUGGGCUGCAUUUUUCUUCCCAAAUGUUAUAUCAUCCUCUUGAAACCCGACAGAAAUAUACAGAAACAGACCAAGAAUCAAUGGGAUUCCAGAGGCAAGAUUUUUUUUGGAGGUCAGCCUAAUACUUCCAGUUCUGGGAAAAAUAGGUUUGAAGAAUAA